AUGAGUACCGCUGGGUUUCUUAUCCGUUUUACCAACUUCUUGUUCCGUCUCUUUCAGCUCGCUGCGUCAGCCAUCAUCCUGGGCAUAUUUUCUUAUUUCCUCGUAGUCCUCACCGACCAUAACAUUCCCAUUGCACGAUGGGUCAAAGCUGUUACGGGCAUUUCCGGUGCAGCAACUCUGUACACACUGACGGCGUCGAUAUUCACACUCUGCAUUGGAGGGAUAGCAUUCUUUGCAGCAUUGAUGCUUGUUCUCGACAUUUGUUUUAUCUGUGGUUUUGUUGCGAUUGCAAUCAUGACACGACAUGGCGCAAAUUCAUGUUCUGGGAUCGUUGUUACUCCUUUGGGUACUGGAGCUGCGAAUCAACCUGCUCCCGGCUUCGGAGAGGGCGGCUUCGGUACUGGAGCAUCAACAAUUCCCCAUUCUAACGUCUUAACGCCCACUAUAUGUGCUCACCCGUUGGUGACCCGGCAGCAUACUCCUUCGCGCUCUCCCCUAUAUCCCCAAAUCCUCUACGCUCGCCAUCACAAACGUGGCAAGCGCUUCGGCCCCUCACCUGGAAACAACUAUACAGAAGGCCCCAGUCGCACUGGAGGACGAUCUUUCUGGGCCUUUGGCCGCCGCCGCAGCCCAGAAACUUCCGUUGGUCCCUCCACAGGUGCUGCAGCCAACAGCUACCCACCAGGAGCCGAUGGCGUAACCGGCGACGAUCAAGACGAGAAACCGUAUUCUCGUUACGCUAAUGCGUUUAGACGGGGGAAGCAAUCACAUGGCUCGACGGCUGGUGGUUCGGGUAUUGACGCCGAGCCUCAGGCCGGCGGAUAUGGUGCGCCUGCGACUGGUACGCAAGCAUAUGGUGUGACACCUGCGGUUGGCAUGCCUGGGGCUGGAAUUGAUGCCACUCCAGGUGGAGGAGGGUUUGGAGGUGGAUUUGGAGGUGGCGGGAGUGCUGGGUAUGCAAAUUAUGGAUAUGGCCAGAGCGGCGCUGCGGAGGAUGGGUAUUCUUAUGGGUACGGGGCCAGACCGCAAUAUGAAACUGCGCAAUUCCCUGUGACUUCGGGCCAAAGAGAUUUCUAA